GAGAGGGGGAGAAAGACGCGAGCGAGGCUGAGCAGCAGCACACUCUCUCACACACUCAGAGCAGAGGCAGUGAGAGGAGCACAGAGCGAGUGAGAGGCUGGGGAUCCUUCAGUGGUUUUUCACUUGCAUGAACACAUCCGUGUAUACCCCCCACAGGAUCUAAAGAUGUGGACAGAGGUCGGAAAGCUCGUGCUAUUACAUUUGUUACUCAUGGAGCUCCAUUGCGCUAAAGGAACUCAUACAGAGUCAGAGUGUGAAACCGGGCAGUUCCAGUGCAAGAACGGACGGUGCAUCCCGACCCUGUGGAGAUGUGACGAUGAUGAUGAUUGCUCAGACAGCAGCGACGAGGAGAACUGUCCAAAGAAGACAUGUGCGACCACAGACUUUGCCUGUAAGAACGGACAGUGUGUUCCUGCCAGGUGGCGCUGUGAUGGAGAGCCAGAGUGCGCAGACGGUUCAGAUGAGGCUGAUGCAAUCUGCAGCCGACAGACCUGUCCACCAGAGAAGUUUGAUUGCGGAGGGGCUGCCAGCAAAUGUGUUUCGUUGUCAUGGCGAUGCGAUGGAGAGAGGGACUGUGAGAACGGGGCAGACGAGGAGCAGUGCGCUGCAGAUGCCAAGGCCUGCCCUUCUAAAGAUUUCCAGUGCCGUAACGGGAAGUGUUUGGCUCCAAUCUUCGUGUGUGAUGGCGAUGAUGACUGUGGGGACGCCAGCGACGAGGGGAAGUGCUCAGCUCCCACCUGCGGCCAGCAUGAGUUCCGCUGCAAUGACUCAGAGUGCAUCCCCGCCCUGUGGAGCUGUGACGGGGACCCGGACUGCAAGGACAAGUCAGACGAGUCCAUGGAGCGCUGCAGCCGAAGGACGGAGCCCCAGAAACCUCGCUGUCCGGUGGGCGAGUUCCAGUGCGGGAGCGGCGAGUGCGUCCAUAUGAACUGGAAGUGUGAUGGAGACGCAGACUGCAAGGAUAAAUCUGAUGAGGCAAACUGUCCCGUACUUACAUGUCGGCCUGAUGAGUUCCAAUGUGGUGACGGCUCCUGUAUCCAUGGCACCAAACAGUGUAAUAAAGUUCAUGACUGUCCGGACUACAGCGAUGAGGCUGGCUGUGUCAAUGUUACAAAGUGUGAUGGACCUAGAAAGUUCCGCUGUAAGAAUGGGGAGUGUAUUGACAGCAGCAAGGUGUGUGACAACAUAAAAGACUGCAAGGACUGGUCUGAUGAACCCAUGAAGGAGUGUGGCCUGAAUGAGUGUGCAGAUAACAAUGGUGGCUGUUCCCACAUCUGCCGGGACCGGAGAAUUGGUUACGAGUGUGACUGUCCCUCUGGCUAUAAACUUCUGGACAAAAAGACUUGUGGAGACAUAGAUGAAUGUGAGAAUCCAGAUGCCUGCAGUCAGAUCUGCAUCAACUACAAAGGAGAUUAUAAGUGUGAAUGUUACGAAGGCUACGAGAUGGACCCUGCCUCUAAGACCUGCAAGGCUGUGGGAAAGAGUCCGUACCUGAUGUUCACCAACCGCCAUGAGAUCCGUCGGAUUGACCUGCUGAAGAGUGAAUACACACAAGUUGUUCCCACAUUGAAAAACGCUGUGGCUCUGGAUGUGGACGUUUCCACCAACAAGAUGUUCUGGUGUGAUUUAUAUCAUCAGAAAAUAUACAGUGCUUACAUCAACAAGGCCAGUGACUCAUCGCAGCAGGUGACGCUCAUCGACUCGCUCCACUCCCCUGAGGGCCUGGCAGUCGACUGGGUCCAUAAGAACAUUUACUGGACCGACUCAGGCAACAAGAGCAUCUCAGUUGCCACGGGAGAUGGCAGGAAGAGGAAGGUGCUGAUAGCCACUGAGCUGAGCGAGCCGCGGGCCAUUGCAGUGGAUCCACACCAAGGGUUUAUGUACUGGUCAGACUGGGGAGGUCAGGCCAAAAUUGAGAAGGCUGGGAUGAACGGAGUGGACCGACAAGUUUUGGUGUCCGAACACAUCGAGUGGCCCAAUGGAAUCACCCUGGACUUGUCCAACAGGCGUCUUUACUGGGUGGACUCCAAGCUGCACCUUCUGUCCAGUGUGGAUCUGAAUGGAGACAACCGCAAAGUGCUGCUGUCCUCCCAUCACCACCUGGGACACCCAUUUGCCCUCACCGUGUUUGAGGAUCGCAUAUAUUGGACAGACUUGGAGGAUGAAGCGAUUUACAGCGCCAACCGACUGACGGGACACGAUGUGGCAAAGGUUGCAGAGCACCUCAACAAUCCGCUAGACUUAGUGGUAUUUCAUGAACAGAGGCAGCCAAAGGCCCCUGACACCUGUAACAUGGGCAGUCUACCCAAUGGUGGCUGCGAGUACCUCUGUCUGAAGGCCCCUCAGAUCACAGACCACUCCCCCAAGUACACCUGUGCCUGUCCUGAUGGCAUGGAAUUGGGACCAGACAUGAGGCGCUGCGCUAUAGUUCGACCCAGAACAACCACAACAGCUGCUCCAACCACCACCACCACCACCACCACCACCACCACCACAGCUCCCACCACAACCACUACAACAAGCACUACAACAACUAGCACAACUGUUAGCACCACCACAACUCGUCCCACCACCACUAUGAGCACCACCAGCACCUCUGCUGCUACCACACUCAGGCCCACACCCAGACGCCUGACAACAACAGCUUCUCCCCCGAGAAGCACCUCCACCGAACAGCCUCGGACCCCGGCCGCCACAAGUACAGAGACAACCAGUUUCAGCAGCACAAGUCAGACAUCGACAUCCACGCGCACACCUCUGUUAGCCCCAGUGGCCCCCAACAGCAUUCAGAGAGAGAGCAAUGGAAAUCUCUCCCACAGAGCUGCAAGUGAUCACUACCUCAUAGGUAACAACAUCACAGUAGCCGUUCUGGGAAUAGUCAUUCCUAUCGUCCCUAUCCUUGCCACAGUGGUCAUUGGAUUGCUCUGCACCGGCGGAUACCUGGUUUGGCGCAACUGGCGGCGCAAGAACACCAAGAGCAUGAAUUUCGACAACCCCGUUUAUCGCAAGACCACGGAGGACGACGACGAUGAGAUCCACAUCGGCCGGCACAGCGAGUCCAUCGGUCACGUCUACCCAGCAGUGAGUGGCAGCCACAGUCAGCCAUUCAUAGCGCUUCCUCUAGGGGGAGGCAUCACAGACAGCAACUCUCACUGGUACUCAGGGGCGCCGAUGCUCUCCAGCGGCAAAUGAGAGAGGCCGCAGAGGAAAGGAGGGAGUUUGGAAUAUUUGAGAAAUGGGAGGAAUGCGCUGGGGUUUGGAAAAGCCCAAUUGUUGUACACGUAGGCCUGGUGGAAAGAAAGAACAGGCUUGCACACGCACACGUCCACACCUUCUCGCAUCAUUUUUGCAGCAAUCACUGAAACCACCAAUCACAUAAGCCCUUCGCCACAACACCAUGUUCACAUCAUUCACCUCCAUAGACCAUAAUCAUACAGUACAUACAUUUGUCAAUGCCACAUCCUGGCCGCCAACCUGCCACCCCAUUUAUUUGUACAUUGUGUUAGUUUUUCUAGUUGUUGAGGUGUUUGUCCUGUUACUGGGAGACAUGUCUUUUAAUAGGCCCCCAUGUUUCUUGACAAAACUCCCCACAUAGGCACAUAUUAUCUUUUGUUCACAGAAGCAGCUGAUGUGAAAGUUCUGAUUUUUUUCAACAUGGUCACUGAACAACAUAAAAUAUGUGCCGCAAGGUAGCAUGUUUGUCAAAGAGGAGUUUUGUGGAUGUUUCUUCGUUAUGUUUUCUGCUAAAAUGAAAACAAAGGACCACCCAGACAUUAGAGCGCCACUGAGGCUUAAAUAAUUACUGUUGUCUUGAUGCAGUGCAGUUCAUACAAAAGAUGGAUGCAUACAGUGGCAUCUGCUUAUUAGCAGAACACAAAUUAUUUAGUGUUGAGAAAGACAACUAGCUUUAUAGUCACAUUAGAAAAGUUGACUGAAAGAAGAGCAGAGUACAGGACCACAGCACUCUGCAAAUAAACUGGAUUUUCAGAGUGCACAAUAACAUCAUGACAUUCCUUUUAUGUGAAUUUUAGUUUGUCGUUACAGUAUAAGUAAGACAUGAAAGAUAAAAAGGGAGCACAAAUCAGAACCAAGUACAGGUCAAGAUGGAAUUUACCUCCUGUUCUGUUUUGUGUACAGCUGCAGAAACCAUGAAUCUCCACAUCAUGAGUUACAAACUACCUUGUUGAUUUCCCAUUGAUGUAAAUGCAUUUUUGAGAAUCACUUACAGAGCGCAAAGCUACAUUUUCCACAAGCUCGGGAGACAAUGCCGGCUGUGAUUUGCACUCAAAUGCACUUAAGUGUAGAGGGCAUGUUUCAUCAGGACACUUAUGACAUUUAUUGAAUAUAUUUGUUGCUUUAGGUAUCGCAGAGCAAGCAGGGAAGGGCAGCCAAAAAGGAUUAUGGAGUGGGGCGGGGGGUGGGGGGUAGAGUAGCGCUUUGAUCGGUUGGCAUGGUAACACAGAUUUCUUUGUGUUGCUCUGGAGAGAAAGGAGGCAAAGAAUUCUGGGUAUCACUGGCAUGAUGACAGGCUGACACACACACACACACACACACGCACAAAACAGGUGCACGACUGAGUCAUAUUAAGAUUCAAGGUCGCAGUAACAACCGCCCUCAGUGAAAGGCUGGAGAGAGAGAACUACUCUCUCUCUCUUGUCUCCACAUUUUAUUAUUUACUUCUGUACAAAUCUCUCUUUUAUUGUCUCUUCAUCUUUUUACUUAUUUUCCUCCUCUCCUCUCCUCUCCUCUCCUCUCCUCUCCUCUCGUGGCAGUGUGGCAACUCAGACAGCCAGGGAAAUCAGGUUGGCAUUAUGUGGGCCAGACAUUCGCAGCCGUAGGCAUGCAUCCUGCAUUCCUUGCAUAGAAAGAGCCAGAGAAGGAGGGAAUGAACAAGGGGGGGAAAUUGGAAAGAGGUAAAGAGGAAGGUCAGGAAAAGGAGGGAGAAGUGAGGGUUUCAAGGAUGAGAAAGACAGUAGAAAUAUAUGAGCCUGCCAUUUCUUUUCCUGGGUUCCACCUAGACUUGAAUCUGUCGCUUUCUUCAUGCCAGUCUGUUUUCUAUCACAAUUCUCUCUCUUCUUCUCUCGUUCAGCAGCCCACUGUAGUAACAGUCUUUUUAUCUGCUGUUUGCAGCGCGUGGCACUCAGUCUGGAGGAUGAUGGCUAUCCCUGAGGGGUGGGAUGCAGCCUGCCCUCCCCCAGUCCCCAUCCUGGCCCCUCCUCUCACCACAGCCUCUACACCACUACAAUGAGGCCAGUACAACGCAGAGGAGAAAGAGAAGGAGUCCUCAUUUUGCCUCCCCUUUUUAAGGAGCAGGGAUGAACAUGUACAUUUCAUAUACCCCCUUUCCUCUUCUACUUUCUCCACUGGAGUAACAAUACUACCACUACUAGCCACUAUACUACUUCCUUUAGUGCUAGUUAUCAGUUAGUAUCCUCUGCUCCACUCCUCUCUUCUCUCUGCCUCUUGUUAGUAGUAGUGGUGUAUUAAAAUGCUGCUUGAUGAUUUUGUUCAAACUAACCUCAUUCGGCUGUCUCAGUGCACAUUGUAAAUAGAAGGCUGCCUGGCCACCGUACAAGGGGAAAAAGCCAGCAUGCAUUUAUUUUUAAUUCCUCAUAUUUUGACUCUUUAUUUAUUUGUAUGUCUUGUGCUGUUGUAAAUAUGGAAUCAGCAUCUCUCGGCACACAGUACUGAAAGCAGAUUUGUUAAAGUUUACAAGGAUAUAAAGUCGUAGGCAAGGACGUUAUUUUUCUUCAUAAUUCCCUUUACAUCUUGAGUUGACAAGACAGAUUUUUUUCAAGAGGGGGAAUGUCAUCCUUUUUCACACUCAACCCCUCAGAUUCGCCCCUUGGCAUACUGUAUGUUGGGAGAGAAAAACUAAAUAUAGCCAAGGGGAAAGGAGACACAGAAAAAAACGAUGGGGUUGUCUCCAUGUUUGGAGGUGAUUUUGGGGUGAAAGAAUAAGGGAGGGUGCAUCUUUUUUUUUUUUUCUUUUGAGGGGAAUGGGAAGAUUUGUGCCACCAGAGGGUAGCGCCUCAAGGCAAAAAAGCAGCAGGGCAGAAAAGGCAAAGGAUUAUGGGUAAUCCCCUCUCCUGGUAUCAGAGGUAUGCAUUCAGUCGAUAAUGAACUUGGGAUUGUUUUAUCAUUUGUGUCGCAAUUUAGGAUUCAUGCAUUUGUUUCCUGAUUUUCUGUAACAUGGAGUAUUAAUACACAGAAAAUAUGUCAUUAUUUCAGAAAUUAAUGAGAGUGGACAGGCCUGUUGACUUUGUGACUUUAUGUGUUUUUCAGUUGUUUAGUGCCUUUACAUUUAAAAGCAUAGCUGCACAUGGUGUAUUGGAAUCCUGUUGAAAUGAAGUAUAAAAAAUGAAGUAUGAGAAAGCAAGGGUAACCAGGGCAUCAGAGAGGUUCUGCACAGCCACAUCAGUUUUAUUUUUGACUGCUGCUGUUUAAAAUGAAGAUUCAGUUGCAACCUCAUGUAGAAGAGGAGAACAUCAAAUAUGUAAUGGUCUCCUUAUAUAUCCUGACAGAGCAAGAAACAGGAAAAGGAAGAAGAUAAGAGCAAAGUGUGUUGCUUGUUUCUUAACUUAAACAUGAAGUUUUUGAGCUACUGCACAAACAUUAGUGUUUCAAAUUGAGCACCGUCUAAAUAUCAGUGCCAGUGUUUCAGUGACUACACACACCAUUGGUUUUUGGCGAUUCAGAGCCUGAUAACUGCCACAUCUUUCCUCCCCCUUUUUAACAAUGUAGCUGUGUGGUUGUUUGUUUUUUUGUUAGUUUUUUGGAUGAGAUGGUGUAGAAGAAAACACUUCUCUACUGUCACUGACUUUUCAGUGUGGUUGUGAGGAGUCCUGUUUUGUAUGAACAGAUGACUAAUAUGCGGAGGCUGACUGAGCCGAGCACUGAUUUGAUUUGAAAGCUGGAUAUGUGUAAACCAGCGUAAAGAGCUGAUCUUCCAUUUGCUUGCCACAGACAUGAUUCCAGCCCAUUGAAUCAGAUGGAAUUUAUGCCCAGUGAAUAUCGCAAUAAUUGCUCAUAAUGUGUUGUAAAAGUGACUUACUGGAAGCAGUUAUGACAGAAUAACAUCAUAGCUGUUAUACGUUGUCGUGGCAAAUUUUCUUCUCUUGAUGAUACUUAGUCUCAACAAAGAGCAUUGUGACUAUGUUAAGCACACUUACAAUGCAUUAAAUAUAAUAUGGAGCUGUUUUUCUAACCCUUGACAUACCACACUUCCACGUCUUCCAUUCUUAGAAUAAAAGAUUUGAACAGUUUUGAAUUUUGGCUGAGCAGGGCCAAGGAAUUCUUUGUUUGUCACAUCUUCUGUCUUUUCACAAGCCUGAAAUAUCACUGAAUAACAAGCAAAAAAAAGGUAUGUAAUGCAAACGUGAAUGUCUUCCAACAUAGGCUCAGUAUAGGCUCAGCAUAUGUACUCAUCCAGCUAGAUAGACAGCAUGUGCAUACAAACAAAAUUAUUCACAGUUCUCACUGUUUCUUGGAAAGGUGUUCUCAGUGUGGAUGCUUGGGUAACCACCAGGGAGGAAGAGAGACUGUAAAAACAGACAAAGACAAAGGAAGGCAGGAAAUGACUGCCAGGUUUUAGACUGUACACCAUAUGCGAAUAGGUUUGUACUUGGAAGAUGAAUGGUGGGUCAUUUAUUUUGCUGGGUAUCUGCUGAUGUUGUGCCACAGUGUUCUGACACCCGCUCCUCUCACCUCCCUCAGAAGGAUGGCACUCUCCUCCUCUCGGUUUAUGAUGCACAGUGGGCAAUUUGUAUCUUCUUGUAUGUGACAAGUGGCGUGCUAGACAGGUAAAUUGUAGUCCUCUUCAGUACGGCACUCCCCCUACGUCUAUCUAACAAAGGAGGAUUGAGCACAAGGGGGAGGCCAUCUCCCUUCAUCAUAACCUUGCACAGAUGAAGCAAAAUAAAAUGCAUUACAUGGUGGGAAGACUGUGACUCAGCUCAGCAUGAUCCUAGACUGGUUUGGUAGGCCCCUGCAGUAUUUAGUUUGCAGGCUGGAUUUAGAAUUACCAUGCAUGAAACAGUUUAAGUGGACACAGCUCCAUUUUGGUUUAAACUCUGGUCAUUUUUUUAUAUUAUCAGGGGGUAUUAUGGCUGUGAAUGCUCACAUUUUUUUUUUCAUAUAAACCUAUCCUGAAGGAAAGAUAAAGAUAAAUAUAUAAGGUGCCAAGAAAGAUUGCCCCGUCAGAUAUAUUUGUGAAUUUAGAAUUAAAUAAAUCACAGACCCACUGCUGGAUUGAACCUUAGGCUGAGUCAGCUCUUCACUCCACACUUUCCUUCAGGUCCAUGUUUGCUUCAGGUCUAAUGGAGUUCCAUCAUACUGAGGGGUUUGCAGUUAGGAGAAUAAAUUGCUUAUUUAUUGAGGUGACUGAGCGUGGCAUUGUAGAAAAGUUAUUAUUGCUACAGUGUGAAGACAGAUUGGCUGGUCCACUCUGUGGCCACCUUGAGAGCAGCAGACACUGAAGGACACCGAAAAAGUCAGGAAAGGGGAUUUCGUCAUUCAUAAUAUUUUAGGUAGUAAUUGUAGUGGUAGUAGAGGACAUGAUUUGACCGUAUGCUUUCUGAUGCACCUGCCACAUUGUUGUCAGUAUUUACAGCGAGCAUUUAGGUAUUAAUAAAUGCUUUAAUGUCAGCAUCAUCAUAAUUUUACUAUGGGUCAACCUCAUAAACAGCAGGCUGCAGUUAUAUAGAGCAGUUUGAGCACUCUGCCUCAUGCUGUAGAGGUCAUGUCUGAGUUUAUAUGCAUUCAAUUUAUGUUAUUCAGUUAUUGUACUACUGUGCUGUGUAGGUGUGUGUUUCUCAUUCCAGGUUAGUUAGGUUAGGGUUUUUUUUUUUCAGUCUUACAACCCAGUAGUAGCUGCUUUGAAGAGCCACGUGCUACAUGAAACAUGAUAUUUUGCACAAAGUUACUCAACAUUCAACCAGAAAUGUGCUGAGUGCAGAAGAUUUAACUUGUUGUAAUACACUGUGUGUGUGUGUGUGUGUGUGUGUGUGUGUGUGUGUGUGUGUGUGUGUGUGAGAGAGAGAGAGAGAAUUUAAGAGGUCAAGGCCCAGCUGCACCAGCAGUUCGGAAGUUCCAAUGUAGUGUAGUUUUAACCUAAGUGGGGAUUUACACAUCAUUAAUUUAAAACAGGGUAUAAGCUUGUUCUUAGGUAGAGAGUAGUUAUUACUAAAAAUUUACUCCCGCUAACAAGUGUAGCCAACUUACAAAGCUAAUCUUAGCUGGCUAUUAUCCAUUUAGGUUGAGGAAGAGGUAAAGAGAUGCGGCUGACACGUCUCACAAACACAACACAAAGUGUUGGUGCAACCCAGUCCCUGUUCUACAUCUAAACAUUCACUUUUCCUAGGAUGCAUUAAAUACACCUGCUCAAUCAACCAUUAUUUAGGCCUGUUCGUCUAAAUAUUUAACUCUCAAUUUAAACUAAUACAUGGACAAAAUAUUGGGAUAUUCCUAACAAAUCCUAAUCCAUAACAGGCAGUUUACUAUCACAAUAGGUUAAACUAAAUGAUGUCAAACCCUCCAUGACAGGGUUUAGUCUGGAAAAGAUGUUACAUGUUAUUAGCUGAUGAAAGUGAAUACUAACAGAUAACUGAUAACCCAUUAUCUAAUGUAAUUAUAUGCUGUAAUUAUAGUGUUCCUGAUUUGUGCUCCCUGUUUUUAACUAUCCUGUCGCUUGUCCUCUCUUUCCUCUGUGCACUCUUCUAAUCUCAGUCUUUUACUAAACAGAGUGUCUGACCCUUGCUGCUUUAAGCUCUAAGAUGCAGUGAUUGCUUUCAUCAACAUCACUCACAUCUCUCUACCGCUUCACUUCCUCAUGCACUGAAUGAAACUAAUGCCAGCUGCGAGGCUUCAGGUCUUUCUGUGUGUUGUUUAACUACUGAACUUUAGUUUAGAGAGCAAAGUCAGCAUUGUUUUCCCUGUGCACUCUCAUUCUCUUGCCCUCCCAUCUUCAUCUUAGUCAUCAACAUCUUUCCUUUGGCAAGGGCUAUCAGUCUUUGGGUAGACAGACACACACACUGGAGGAAUGGGGAAAAAACACUGUAGGAAAUAACCUGGAACCCCAAAAAUAGUAAGGAAACCCCCGGAGAUGAGAAAAAAACCCUUCCAAUUGCAAACCAGCGAACAGGCAAAUGAGCACGCUCAGCCAGGAGAGGCAGCCCCCCACCACCACCACCACCUCCGGCUACAGUUUCAGACCCCCACUGACUCCACUUGGCUGGCAUUUAGCUCUUGUUGACCCAGUGACUUUCCUUCACCAACUGGUUCCUCUUAUUAGCACGUGUUUUUUUUUUUGACUGUAAGUCUAUAAGUGAUCUGUUGUUGUUGCUCUCUCUUUCUCCUCUCCAUACCAUUCCCAGUUUCAUAUGUAAUCUUCUUGAUGUUUGAUUACUUGAAGGGCAGUGUUCAGUCGCCUACAUUUUUCUACCAGUCAGUGUAAAAUGAAGGUUCGGGAGGUGGAGGGGGAGGGAGGGAAAACGAUGAUGGGGGGGGAGCUGUGAAAUCUGUGUGAAUCUUUUUAUGGGUUGGAAUGAUGAUAUACAGGGAUAACAUUUUGAUAAAUAACAGUAUUGUCACAGAGUUUUACAUUUUACUUCAACAGUGAUUGAGGUUGGAGAAAAUCACCUCAAAUAUAAGAAACUAUUGGUUCUAAUUAUUGCAAAACUGUCUACCUGUACUUUGUCAAAAUGUUGCUGAUGUGUCAUUGCCUGCAAGGAAAUCUCAAAAACCAUUCGGGGCUCUGUCCAUUCCACAGCCAUACGACAGGCAUUUUUUUACGCUGUUUGUUGCACAAAACUUUUCAAGAAGCCUUCUGCACUGUGUAAAGAGAUAAUGUUCUUAGGAGGGGAGGAAAAAAUUGGGGGGAGGGGGGUGAUCCAAUGGUACAGUCCAAUGGUUUUGAAUCAUGACUUGUAAAUACGUUUUCAUACAGCAAAAACUUUUUGAUAAUGUUUUAAAUGUAUCUGUAAAAAAAGAUGUACAUAAACCUCUGGGGUAUAAAGGAGUGUAGACUAUAUAUGAAUUUAUUUGUACACAAGAGCACUGGAUUUCUUUACUACUUGAUUGUAACUAAAAAUUAAUAAUCUGCCAAAGUGUUUUUAUUUUACUUUUUCUCCUGUCUAUUCUGUUUGUUUUGUUUGUUUGUUUUGCUUUUUAACAGCAUUGCAGAAUUUUAGUGUUCAUACUGUAUUUAAUUCUGUUGAAUAGAUUUUGUUGUUGUGUGUUUUAAAAAAAAAGAGGGGUUAUCAUUUUAAUUUAUUGGUGCCUUGUUUUGUGCUCCUGUAUACUUUUAGUCUUUCUGUUUUUCUGUGUUCUGUGUCUGCGGGAGGGUGGGGGGUGGCAGGGUUAACUGGCGGGUCGGUGUGGGGGGGAGUUAAAAACUUAGCAACUUCUGUACUUACAUGGAAUAUCUGUACUGUAUGCCAAAAUGGUCUCACUCACGUUUCUAUGAAAUCAAGCUGUUGAUAAAUAUCUCUAUAUAUUGAUAUAUUAAAUUUAUAAAAA